CAAAGCUCAGAUCGCCAGAGGACGCGAACGUGCGCGCGCCUACUGUAGUGUUGGUUUCGAUAAACGCUUGUCGCACCGCUGCCACCACAUACCCCUGUGCCUGGAUUGACGUUGCGAAGAGUCAGUCGCUGUCGUAUAAACGCUGUUGCAGUGUGUCGUGGUGAACGUUGAUUAAUUAUUACAAUACCGAGAAUUCCCGAUACGAACCGUGCGACUAAAAGCAGUGCUCGACGUCACCGCAGCCCGUUGCUCGGCACAGAGUAAAUUUGACAGCUCCGUUCGAAUCACGGCGUCAUUGCGAUCUUUUUUGAUUACACCGAUAGUCACACGAACCGUGUGUGCCUACGUUUUGUUUUCGAAUCAUCCAGUUCGAGCGACGAAACGUUCGAAAAACGGCAAAUCGGCCGCAGUGGCGUUCUGUCUUCUAUGCAAUUACGGCGGUUACACCCCGGAGAUAGAUACAACUAUAUCUGCAAACGCGGAGACGGUAUAGAGACGCAGGCGUGUAAUAAUAUGACAAAUGUAUCAACGUAGAGAAGACAGUGUGCAGUGUGUGUUUCCCGCGGACGACUCGGCAUAGCUGUGCAGAAAGUAAAGGAUUAUCACCUGUGAGUAACGGGGCAGCGCUGACGCCAAUCCGAAUGUACACCUUGACGAGUAUUCGCCGGUCUCUCGCUCGACGGCCGACUAGCUCUCGAUUUUUUAUCCAUGCACGUCGUCGGUUUUCUCACCAGCAUUUAUCGGCGUCUGUCGCGUUCGUUGAAAACCCACGACGUCGCGUUCACUCUCUCGUCUCUGCGAACGUAGCGUGAUCGACCUGUCAUCGAUUUACCUAUUCAUAUCAUUCACAUGCGACUAAGUACGUAUUCAAAAAUAAUGCGCGCGAUGAAAUGAACGGGAGAUUUGACGAGUUUGUGACAAACGAUUUGUACAAAUCGCGAAACAGACGAAUGAUGAACGAAUAAAUUGAAAGAAUUAUAAAAGAUCGCGGUUUGCAAAUACGCGUAUCUAGAGGAAAGCGCAACGCACCCACGUGGACCGUCGACCGCAUCCCUAUCACGGCGUUUAUACUCAUCGUCCAUCCGCGGUGACGUCGACCGAUCGCACACUUUGCUGGCACUCGAUACCCGGGAAACGGGAAAGCAAAAAUAGAAACGAUCGUAUCAAUAAUAGCAACAAUACCAAUUAUUAUAACGACAAGAAUAACGAGAACAGCAAGAUUAAUAAUAAUCAAGGAAAGGAAGAAGCGGAAGAAGAAGAAAAAACGAACCUGGGCCAGUGCAGUACGCGAGUUGUUUAUAUUUCUAACCCUACAGUAGCGUGGCGAAGGGUUUUCGUGGCCCUUUUGACCGCGCGCCGGUUAAGCCGUCAAAAUUCGGGUUAAGAACAGAGAACCGUUGCCAUCGUACGCGAUGGAGAUAUCGGACGAGUUUCAGGAAAUGGGGAAUCCCGGUGGAGGAGUAGCCAUGGCCAACAUCGCGAUCAACCAUCACCACCACCCGCCCGACAGUCCCAUGGUAAAUGCUAGGGCAUGCAGGCCUCGACUACCGACAACUAUAAUUCACAACUAUCUCCGCUGCCUCGUGGCGCCGUUGGUGCGUUUCACCUACACGACGGUGCCGAUGCGGAGUGUCCGUGGCUCAGCGCCUGCAUGUCGUACCUACAACCUGGCUGGGUCAUACCUUCCGUACCUGCACCACACGUCGCAUCAAGAAGAGGAUCUCUCGGAUCCCGACCUCCAGGAUGAAGAAAGUGGCGAAGAACUGCCACAGCAGCCCCUUCAAGGAAACGAUCAUACGUCGUCAGCGACAACGAGGAUUUCAAAUAACACGCCAACUCCGCUAACGCACCUCAAUAGUCUAAUGAAUUCGCAUCACCCACAUUUCCUCGCCAAGCUAAAAAUGGACCAACAGCAACAGCAGCAGCAGCAGCAGCAGCAGCAGCAGCAGCAGCAGCAGCUCCAGCACCAGCAGCAACAGGGAGACAUGGACGCCCUGUCGAACAAGAGCGGACUGGAGGCUCUGCAGGCCGCGAUGAGCAGCAGCGGUUUCAAUUUACCAUAUUCAUUUCCACCCCCGGCUGCGUUCCUCGCACCUCCGCUCCACUCCCAGAGCCAGAACUUCGCCGCGGGUGGCACAAACAACGCGAUCACCUCGUCCGCGAGCUCGCACUCGAGCGAAUCGUCCCAAGGAAGCGGACGAAACGGCGGGGAGUCGCGGUGCCGCGCGGAAGACGGUCAUCCCCAAAACAAUAUUGGUACGAAUCAUCAGCAGCAGACCAGUUGGAGCUUCGAGGAGCAGUUCAAACAGGUGCGUCAGCUGUACGAGAUCAACGAUGACCCGAAACGCAAGGAAUUCUUGGACGAUCUUUUCAGCUACAUGCAAAAACGCGGAACACCGAUCAAUCGGUUACCCAUCAUGGCCAAGUCCGUUCUCGAUCUCUACGAAUUGUACAACCUGGUUAUAGCCAGGGGUGGCCUGGUCGACGUUAUCAAUAAAAAAUUAUGGCAGGAAAUCAUCAAAGGACUUCAUCUUCCGUCCAGCAUCACGUCGGCAGCCUUCACCUUGCGCACACAGUACAUGAAGUAUCUAUACCCGUACGAGUGCGAAAAGAGGCGACUGUCAACCCCAACUGAGCUCCAGGCGGCGAUCGACGGUAACCGGAGAGAAGGCCGGAGGAGCAGCUACGGGGCGUACGCGGGUGCCGGCGGACCCGGGGAAUCGAUGGUGCGGGCGAGUACGCAUACCCCUAACUCGUUGUCCCUGCACGCCCAAAUGUCACCAUUGUCCCUGGUUACGGCCGUGGCGGCCGGUGGUCAGCACCACGUGCCCCAGUCUCUGGUGAACGGAACUGGCGCCCACGCGGCGAUGACCCAUCAUCCCCAUCAUCCGCAACAUCCGCAAGGGCCGCUUGGUCAACCCCUCAACGCCGGUAAGUGGAUUUUGCAAAGACCAAUGCCGGGAACGUCGGAUUUCGAGGCUCGCAUGGUCGAGUACGUAAAACUCUUGCAGAAGGAGCUGCACAACCCCGGUACCGGAACACCGCCUCCGAUGAUUCACAGACAAGGAAGCGCCUCGCCACCCCCAUCCCCGUCGACCCGUGAGGCUGCUCUGAACGCCCUGGAGUUGUCUCGAAUGACCUUGUGGAACAUUUACAACAACAACUCCGUCUAUCCGGGGGUUAGUCACCAGCAGUCGCACUCGCCGCCAGCUAGACAUUCCCCUGUCCCGCCAGCCGCCAGUCCCGAACCGCAGAGGGAAGCUCUUGACCUGGGCCUGAGAUCCUCGCCGAUAUCUUCACCCGCGGUAAGAAGCAGUCCUCCGGAAUCCAGUGGCACGCCGGUACCGGCGAAAAGAGACCACGACGUCGAAGGGAUGCUGUUAGGGGCACCGCCGGCCAAGCGAUUAAUGACCGAAGAAGAUGCCUGUGCUUCCGACAAGGCGGUUUCCGCGGGACUCGUAGGGGCACAUAUUAAAAUUGACAAUAGAGGAGGAGCAGACGGACGCAGCGGUGAAAAUUCGUUGGUGGUCAGCAUGGAGUUGAACGGGGUAAUGUAUCAGGGUGUUCUUUUCGCCCAAACCGACAACACGACGCCCGGAGCUACCGCAACAAACAAGACUAAAGACACGAAACUUACGACAUUUUAAACUCCGUAACUUCGUUAAGUAACGGCUUACAAUUAGACUUGUAUCUAUCGUCUAUGCAUGUGAACGUGCCCCACGAUCGUAAAUAAAUCUCGCAUGUGAGGUGUGGAUGUCUGCGCAUUACGGAAAGUGUUGCGGACACGAUUGUGAGAUUUUAAUUUACAUCUCGAUAUAAUUAAAAUUCUGAGGGAUCCGCUGUAAGUGCUUGGCCAGAUAGAAUUAAACGGCUCUGUUUUUUCUUCUCAUUCCUAUUAGCACGAGCGUAUCGUGGAUUGCCUAUUUGUUGUAAUGUGAGAUUUGUACAUGAUGAUUUCGGGCUUCGUUCCACCACAAGUGCGUGUAAUAAAACUCUAUUUUGGAUCAGACGCGUCGUGUUUAGCUGUUGCAUGGCGUGCAUCAUCUCUGUGUGUGGGUGGGUGUGUUUGUGUGAGCGCGCGUGCGUGUGUGCGUGCAAUGACAUUAUUCUUUAUCGCGAAUGAAUCGAGUACUGGAUAUAUCUUGCUGGAUCGCGUACAUUUGGCGGCAGGUGGAGCAUGAGAUGUUAUUUUCAGAAAAGAAAAGGACAAACGUAACGCAGAUUUUCGUAGUUUAGAGUUUACCAAGUAGCUUUCAGAGUCAUAAACACUACAGGAAUGUCUGCAUCGUGGACUGACCGCAAUGCGGACGUUUGUGUAAAUGCCACCGCAUACGUAUCCACUAGACUGGUCCUUAUAAGGGGUCAAAAUCAAAAAUUCAUGACGGAGCCUGUUUAAUUGGUACCAAAUGGUGAAAAAAAAAUUCCCUCAUUUUUUCAGAUUUUCAUUACAUCCCCCUAGUCUCCCUGUUUAGGCGGAAAGUUUCGAAUUAUCAAAAACUAUGCUCAUUCGCUAUAUUUUUUACUGAAUUUUACUUCAAAGUUGUUCGUAGGCAAGAAAAACCGUAAUCUCGAAUAUUCAAUGAGAUUUACCUUGUUUUCGGUGAAAAAAAAUAUCGUUUUGUCAAUCAGAUAUAAUCUGAAGAAAAGAAAAAUUAAAACGAAACACUAGCGUUCAUUUAGUCAGCACUCUAACGGAAUAACCCACCUGGCAACACAAUGUAAUAUCACAGUCGAUGGCAUGCAAGUAUUCAGGUGAUUUUUUUACUGAAUCCGAUCACUUGUCAUCGUCAAAAAAAAAAAAAAAUAUACAUAACGUAUUAACGUAGGAAACGCUGCUCAUGGCAUGCCCCAUUUGUGAUUUUUUUAGUUUUCACUGAAAAGAAGAUGAAUCUCAUAGAAUAUUUCAGAAUAUGAACUUUCCUUUACCUACGAACAAACCUUGAAAUAAGAUUCUGUACGAAAUAUAGCGAAUGAGCAUAUUUUCGAAUAAUUUGAAAUUACGCCCCUUCAUGAAUUUCUUUUUCGACCCCACAUGUAUAAGGACCACCACCCGCGCCAUAUGCACGUAUCGCACAUAGGAAAAGUCCAGACAAAAAUUCAAUUUUACGAACGCGCAUACGCUGUAUUCGGAGGAAUACGGUAAAUAAGAAACGGCAAGUAUUGGGCAACGAUUUUGGCCCAGCUUGGAUCUACAAAUUAUAGGUGUGCCAGUUUUAUUUUUAAGUAUUUGCGAAUAAACAGCGAUGGCACGAUUGCAGAAUGAAUGGUAUUAUACGUAACGGUUAGGAUCUUCUUUUUAAGCUUCGAUAUACUAUAUUAGGCUUGGUAAAUAUACAUGCAUACGGUAUAACAUACACCUAUAUUAUAUGCAUUGUAUGGUAACAAAAAUAUGUAUAUAUAUACCUAUAUACGUGCAUAAAUAUAUAAUUUUUUUUUUUAACCACUGCGGAUCGCUGAACCAAAAUCUCUAACUUAUUUAUUGUCUUGAAUUCUUUUUCUUUUGAAUAGCAUGCACUCGAUAAAAAUCAUUUUUACCGCAUCGCAGCUUCUCAGUCAUCCGAAAAUUAAAAUAUAGGUUGUAUACACAUACAUUUGUAUGCAUAUCUCUCUCUCUCUCUCUCUCUCUCUCUCUCUCUCUCUCUCUCUGUCUCUUUUAAAUAACGUAUUGUGUUUUUAUUUCUCAUCUGUCACCUUUUUACUACUUUUUUCUCCGACUUCCAAGCUACAAAAUAUGAUGGAGGUGCGGUCUUUGUCGCUGGGUCGUUUGUAUAUAGAGUAUACCUGAUCAUUAUUGUACAUCCGUAAUGGUAUAGAAACUAACUUGGAACAACGAAUCUCAAAUAUUACAUUAUCGUGUGUAUAAUUUAUGUGGAACUGUAAAAGGUAAACGAAUUUGUUCAGCAUUCAAAUUGAAUCAACUCCAGUCUUUUAACACUUUUAAUCUUACAUGCAGUAAAAUUUAAAUCCCUAUCAUGAGUCUCCCGUAAUUUUUUUUCCACUGCCUCUGUAUCCCGUCAACUGGAAAACUUACGUACCAUUCUUAAUUCACGCGUGUAAAUGUUCAGGAGAUGGUUUUAUUUUUUUUUUUUUUUUUUUUUUUUACAUCUCCCCUUAACCACUCGUUCUACUCAAUGACUUUCGUUAUCGUCGCCUUUUACUCUUCCAACUCAUAGCGCGCAUACCACACACAUAAUGUAUAAUUCUGUAACGUCAAUCUAGAAGUUUCUUAUAACUAUACAUAGGUACCCACUAUGUAAUACGAGAAACGAUGUUGACAAUUAUGUGCUUGAAAAUUUAUGCAGUAUAAAUUAUGAAACGAAGGAUGAAUCAUUUCUUUAGUCAUAGUUAAUAGUAUACAUGUAUGCAUACAUUAUAAAUAUACUUAUUAAUUGAUAGUUAUCAACACAUGAUACAUAGUAGUGGUAAAAAACUUGGAUUAGUAUUAGGAAAUUUCAAAUUGCCAGUUGAAAGUUGAUUAAAGAUUGGAAGGCAAUGGAGAGUAGUAAUGGUUUCCUUUCCAGUUUGUUACAUAAAAGAACAGAAAUAUUUUAUUGUUUAUAGCUUGAAGAUUAGCCAAAAAGACUGUUAUAUAAGAUGAAUAAUAAUUUAGAUAUUGAUUAUGAUAAUUAUAGUUAUUAUUUUUAUUCUUGUUCUCAUCAUUAACCUUAUUAUUAUGACUAUUGUUACUAUUACACUACCAUAAUUAAGAUAAUUAUUCAUUAUUUUAGUAUUCUCACAAAAACGUAUCCGAGGUUGUAUCAAAAUCAUUAAAGAGCCACAUAAUUCUUUAUCUAGCAGCGUGUAAUAAUAAUGGGUGAUUAUGCAAAGAAAAAAUACAAAAAAAAACAAAAAAAAAAAAAAUUUAAUAAAAAAACAUAGUCGUUAUCUCGCUUCACAUGCAUUGCAUAUGAGUAAUUGUUGACAAAUCUUAAAUCUUGGAAUACUCGGAUUGAACGGUACAAAGCGUUGAAUUGCAACAAGAUAGAUGUAAUUAUGUUGAUGAGAAAUAAUCGAUGGAUAGAGAAUUAAUAUUGAUAAUGUUUGAAAAAGAGGCGUAUCCUCGGUCUUUGAAAGUUGUCAAUAUGAGGCGGAAAAGGUUCAUGGUAAGGUAAAUCGAAGAAGGAAGGAAUGAAAACAAGUAAAGAAAUCGAGAAACUGUAAGGUUUUGUUCUUAUGCUAACGGUGUGCUUUUCAAUGGAGUAUAUGUACAUAGUUGUUGCGCGAGUCAGGUCAAAAGUGACUUGAGAACCGUUUAAUAAACCUGAAACACUUACACUAAAUGACAAACUAACGAAGCGUGAGACGUGGAUGAUCGAAGUGUGCUAUUACAUUACAGGCACGCUACACUCGGCGAGGGUGCAACUUAUUUCACGGACAGUUCCAAUUUCAAAUCCCCGUCCGAUCAAUCGACAGGAUAAUACCUGCCCCAGUCGCCUUGCAGGAUUCAACCCUACUGGGUGCCCUUACGCACCGGCCGUUAGAUAUUCGUACGAGCCAACAGCCGACAUUCGAUUAUUUCGUAUGAAUGUCGUAUGGCAAGAGACUUGAAUGGUGUUUGCUAAUUAUUUAAGAAACCGUAGCUGCAUUCGCAACGCGGCUGUAUUCUAUGCUACGAUUGACGUGAUACAACGAGAAGGUACAUUCAAUCGCUAACCCACCAUAGCAUACCACAACUUCAUAACGCAUAUCUACAUAAUAUUACGUAUAUUGUAAACGUUGUACAUAUAUUAUAUCAUCAUUACUAUAAAGAAACUAAACUUAUGACAUUUUAAACUACGUAGUUUCGUUAAGUAGCGGCUUAGAUGUAUGUAAUCUAUAUGUAAACGUGCCCCACGAUCGUAAAUAAAGUCAACAUUACUUUUA